AAUCAACAGAAGAUGAUGAAUGACACUAGAGACCAGUCUCUCUUCUUUGUCAGUCUGCCUGAUCUACAAAAACUCUAUGCCAUUAAAAUUACACUGAGUUCUGCUGUGUCAGAAACUCAGAUUAGAAAUACACAGUUGAAGAUUUGCAGGCAAUUGCUGUUUCUGCAUCAAGACGUCCUGUCCUCACCUGUACCUGGAACUCUGAAUGAAGUUUUAGCUGUAAUGGCGAUAUCUCUUUACAAAACAGGAAAAUGUCAAGCUUAUAUAGAGAAACAUGAAGCUACAAUGGAAGCUCCACAAAGAGUUAGUCCAAACAUUCUUCAGCUCUGCCUCUCCUACACUCUUAUAGCCAGACUUGCCCCAAGCUGGAAUAAGGCUGGUCAUCUUCUGGUACAAGGGAGAGAUUUCCUGUCUCAUAAGGGAAAACAAAAUGCUGUUGUUAUGGACCUCAGUGUAACAGAAAACCAAGUUUGCAUCAGUUUGGAGGCUUUCACAAUUCGACUACCACCACCUGAGCUGGAAGACUUUGAUAUUUCAACACAUGUCAUAAAGAUAUUCGACAAUAAUGAAAAUUCAGUCAUUCAGAGACAUUCCAUUUUAAGUAAUUGGUGCUAUGUCUUACCAAGCUUGAAAAUGGGUCAGAUCAUUAGUAUCAGCCACAUAAGUCCACCAGAGUCUCCUUUUCGUUCAUAUAAAGACUUCCAGAUGCACUGGAAGAGUCUGUAUGGGUAUAGUCUUCCAGAGGAUCAUGGAGAAACAAAAACAUAUUACAAUGUUUACUUCAAAUUGAUAGGAGAACAGCUCUUUACGUACCCUAUAAAUUGCAUCAGAAGCCAACCAGUACAGUAUUUUCCUAGAGUACAUUUAGAAGGUAUAUUAAAUACCUUUCUUUCUGACCUGAAGUCUAAUCUUCCUCACCUAUGUGGAUUUCCAGUACAGAUGACAAGUAAAGCACUAUAUGCUACACAGGAACUUGCUAAACCUCUAAUGCAUCAUGUGUUGCAGGGAGCAAAACCCAAGCUUGCAAAUCUGACUGGCAAAAGCAUUUGCAAGGCCUCUCUGACUCAGGCCCCUUCAAGAAGAGAGACUCUGCAUCUGAGUUCUUCAUCACGCAGUACAGAAAUCAACCACAGGAUGGAGCUUUUGCUCAAUCACCCAAAAACUUGUAUCUUCUCAAAUCUCAGUCAAUGUACAGAGGAGCGUAUUGCCGAGGCCAUGAAGAAAACAAUCCAUGGAAGGCAACCACAACAGACUCCUGGACCAUCAGAGCUGCCAGUUCACUUGGCUGAGUCUUUAAAACUGUCUAAAAAUUCAGCUGUGGAGUCUCAAAGGAAAGGUGCCACCGGGCUUAUACCAAUUUUUAAAGGAAAGUUGCUGCAAAUGAAUAUAAAUGCCACAAGAGCCGUUGAUGGAAAUAAAAAGCAGACUGUUUUACAACGUUCCCCAAAGGUUGUAAGGGAUGCAAAAGCCUCUAAAAUACCUGUAGACAAACCCAGUGUACCUCAGGUAUAUAAACCUGUCCAAAAUAUGUCAAUCAAUCUUACUAAUAGCAAUGUUCCUCAGAGAGUGGCUGCAAAUGCCAAAGUAAAGCAUGGUGAAUCUUUGUGUGACCAUAAAACAGAACCUGGAAGGCAGCUGAUGAAUUCUCUUCUUUCUAGUGGCUCAGCAUCAGAUAGCAAUUCAAGUGAAGUUGAACUCAGAAAGCAAAACUGUUUGUUAUCUGGUAGUGUCAAAUUGGGACUUCAAACAGGAAGUGCCAAUCUAGGAUUGAACAUACCUGUAGGCCUUGACCCCUGUACAAAAAGAGGAAGAAAGUUUGCAAACCAGAAGACCACACAAAUUCUUGGUGAAAGGCCUGGGUCAAAGAAAAUACAUCUGCAGUUCUGCAAGUCAGACAAAGAAAUUACAAAUUCCAGGAUAUUGCAGCAUCAAACAAAAUGCCAAACUAAAGGAGUAGAGUCAAAUAUUCACAGAUUGGAUUUAAAUAGUACAAUGUAUGCUGUCAAAAGGGAAGAGCAUCAAGAAUCAUUGCAACCAUCAAAGAAAUAUAAUGCUAAGACAACCAGUCAUCACUUACAAUUAAACUGUGAGCAGAUGUUUACAGAGACAGACUCCAAAGGAGGGAUUCGCUUUAAGAAAGUUUCAAAGAAAGGAUGUGGCAAAAGACAACAGCAGGAAGAAGGAGGUUGUACAAAAUCAAAGAAAUCUAAGAUAAGGAAGGCUGCUAUCUAGGCUGUGGAUGUAGAAGAAUGCAGAAAGAAAAUAUAAGUUGCUUCUGGAUGCAGUAAAGUGUCAGGGAGCUGACCAUUACAAGAUGGUGAAACUUGAUUUCUUCACAUCCUAUCUAUUCCUCCCCUUUUGAACCAAGUAUGCUAGUAUCCCGCCUCAUCAACAUUGGUACAACCAAUGAACCAACCAUUGGUUCCACCACUAAUGAUCCUCCAUGCUAAAACACAACUGGUUUUAGUCUUUAUACUGGGCUAUUCAU